CUCUGCCUCCUUCUCCUCUUCUCUUCUUUCCAUCCUCUUCCAGCUUGUCAGCAGCAGCAGCAGCAGCGGAGUUGCUCUACUGCGGCUCUGCUUCAGUGUAAAGUUCGGGUCCUAUCAGAAACUCGCGGCUCAGACCGCAAACCCAGCAGGAGGACAAAGAUAAGACAUGGGGAAGUGAUCACAGCGUGGAGAGUCACGAUCCGAGCUAUUUAAGCCUUCCUAAUGUGAACUAAAUGAAAACAGAGGCCCCCCGCCGCCACCUGGAAAACGCUGAGGGACUAAGUGGAUUGAAGAAGGCAGCCACCGAUCGAGGGAGUCUGGGCAGGGAGGGGAGACACACAGAGAGGAUUAGCAGCUAAUCCAGGCCAUCGAACAAUCCUGGGGGGAGUUUUGCCGUUCUUCCAGGACGAUGCAGACAAAACAGUUCCUGGAUUUAAAGGCUUUACGACGGCGCGUCCAAAUUCUUCUGUGACGGUUUGGAUUCGGCGCGGACUUGGAUCUUUGGUGCAGAGGAAGCAGUGAACUGAGAAGGGAAGCGACAGGAUGUCCUGACGGACCGCAUGGUGCCACACACAUGGAUAAACCUUUUCAGCAUGUGAUUACGGACCCCUGCCUUUUCACCUUGGCCUGACAGAAAGACACUGAAGGUCUUGCUGGACUUUGUGAUUAGGCCUCACUUACAUGGAGCCAAAGAUUUUCUGAACUUGACUGACAUGAACUCAAACUCAAGACAUAAUCAGUCAUUUUAAAAGGGACAUCACGCAACAUUUUCCUUCCACCAUGAGUCUGGGAAAGCUGCCAGGAAUCAAAGGCCUGGUGUCUGGCUCUCAGGGGAAACGUCGCUUCAAGAGCGACCUCUCGGUGGACAUGAUCAGCCCCCCGCUGGGGGACUUCCGACACACCAUGCACGUGGGCCGCGGCGGCGACGUGUUCGGUGACACGUCCUUCCUCAGCAACUACGGCGGCAUCCGGGAGCCGGGGAGCCCGGACUCGUCGAGCAGCUCCAAGUCCACCGGCUUCUUCACGCGGACCUUCCGCCACGUGCGGAGGACCUCUGUGCCGCGGCCCCGGGGCGGCUCCCGGGACCUGUCGUCCCCACCGCCGGACAUCUCACCCAUCAUUAAAAACGCCAUCUCCUUGCCUCAGCUGAACAUAGACUCUGUGAACGGGUGCCUGCAGAGGGCGCUGUUCCCCAACUCCAUGGGCUCAGCGGAUGACUCCUUCUGCACAUAUGGUGUCCAGUCUGGAUUCCUGACUCUGCCUCGAGUCUCUCGACUUGAAAGACAGAUUCAAGAUGGCGACGUGUGGAGAACGUCUCCAGCAGACAACGGCUGCGGCGCGUUGACUCGCUCCGACUCCCUGGCCUCCUUCACCGUCGACCUCGGACCUUCUCUAAUGACAGAAGUGCUGGCUUUGAUUGACAACCCCAGCUCUCUACAGGUAUCCAAUCACAGUCAGGAAGUAGGUGAGGAAGAGGAGGAAGAGGAUAGAGGUGACACCAGCUCUCUGACAGAGACGCCUGUUCAGACCCCGACAGCGAGUUCCCCCAACCCGUCACAGUGCAGCGCGUCUUUUAGGUCCAAAGUAAACGGGAGAGUUAUGUCUACCUGGAGGGAGCAAAAGGAGGACUGGGGGUCUGUGAGGACAAAUGAUGUCACUUCCUGUUCUUCUCACAAAGAGGAAUCGUCCAUCGAAGCGGAGAGGUUCCAGAGGGCGGCUGAUGUUCUCGCUAGACAUUAUGGUGGAGGAUCCUUCACCAGAGGAACGAGGACGAGCCAGAAAACACCACAUGGUUUAUCUGAGGAGGAAGAAGAGAUCAAAGUGUAGACAUUAAGAACAACUUUCUAAACAUCUGGAUUCAUCUUCAGUCAGAAAUGGGAGAUUGUUUCUGGUCUUGGACUCUGGUUGUCCCUUCACUUUAACAUUCCUUAUUAGUCUUAACUUUUGCCCAUCUGUUUUUUCUUUCCCUGUAGUUGUGAUAUAUCAGCUAACACUAUGAAAGUACAAAGGUCAGAAAACACUUUUGAUUCUAAGUGUUUGCAAGUGGUUUGAAAAACCUGUAUAAGAUCAAUGUUUUUAUGUUCAUAAUGAUAUGUACACUUUAUAAAUAACACUUUUGUACAUUUAUCCAGUGAUAACAAACACACUCUGUUUUAGCUUGUUGUAAAGUGUAUAUUUAGGAAAUAUGGACGUUCUGCUCUUCCAUGAUUUAAUGAACACAUUUAACAAUCUAAUUUGUAAACAGAGCUGUUAUUGUAAUAUUUUAUUGGUUUAUCAUUGAAUAAAUUGAAAUGUAUUUCUCUA